CAUGAGCCAGGUUCAGCCGCUUGUUUAGACUUGUAUUGCAUUUCUACAGAGUGCACAAAUAAGAAAUAAAACCUCUGUCUUGGGUUAUAGGAAACAGCAAGUUUGUCUGGAAGUGUUAUGAACCAUUGGAUUGAAAUAUAUUCUUUUGUUGAACUUCUGGCUGAGAAAUUUUUAAGUCCUCAGUUACGAAUGUCUUUUAUUGUGUUCUCCACAAGAAGUACAACCUUAAUGAGCUUAACAGCAAAUCGGGAAGCUAUACGAAGAGGUCUUCAAACCCUUCGGAAUGUUGUGCCUGGAGGAGAUACAUUCAUGCAUGAGGGCUUCAGAAAGGCAACUGAACAGAUUCACCACGAAAACAAUUCAGGGAUUCGAGCUGCCAGUGUCAUCAUUGCAUUGACGGAUGGGGAAUUAAUUGAUCAUUUGUAUGAUCUUGCACAAAGGGAAGCUGAAAGGGCCAGAAGUUAUGGAGCUACAAUUUAUUGUGUUGGUGUGAAAGAUUUCAAUGAAACACAGCUGGCAAAGUUAGCUGAUAGCAUUGAUCAUGUUUUCCCAGUGAAAGGUGGAUUUCAAGCAUUAGGAAGUGUAAUUGAUUCGGUUCUUAAGAAAUCUUGCAUUGAAAUUCUGGCGGCUGAACCAUCAAGUGUCUGUGCAGGAGAAUCGUAUCAAGUCGUGGUAAGAGGUAAUGGAUUUUCUCGUGCACGGAAUGCUGAUCAAGUUCUUUGUAGCUUCAAGAUAAAUGACACCGAAAUAAUAACGGAGAAGCCUCUUGUUGUGGAAGAUAAUUACUUACUCUGCACUGCUCCAGUGAUUGAUGAAGUUGGAAUGGUAGUUUACCUUCAAGUAAGCAUGAAUGAGGGGUUAACAUUCAUAUCCAGCUCUGUCAGUAUCACCAGUACACAUUGUUCUGAUGGAACAAUCCUUUUAAUUGCGCUGUUAGUUUUGUUCCUGCUGUUGGCAUUGAUCUUGCUGUGGUGGUUUUGGCCUUUGUGUUGUACUGUGGUGAUUAAAGAGCCACCACCUCCACCUCCCUAUGAGGAGGAAUCUGAUGACGAAGCCAUGGCAAGGAAAAAAUGGCCAACAGUUGAUGCAUCGUAUUAUGGAGGAAGAGGAGUGGGCGGCAUUAAACGGAUGGAGGUGCGUUGGGGUGAUAAAGGUUCAACUGAAGAAGGUGCAAAAUUAGAAAAACCUAAAAAUGCAGUAAUCAAGAUGCCAGAUCAAGAGUUUGAACCAUUGGAUCCUAGACCCUGCAAACCCCGAAGGCCACCACCAGAGCAGAGAAAAUGGUAUACACCAGUUAAGGGAAAAUUGGAUGCCUUGUGGGCUCUUUUUCGCAGAGGUUAUGAUCAAGUAUCUCUGAUGAGGCCACAACCUGGGGAUCAGGGUCGCUGCGUAAACUUCACCAGAGUGAAAGAAAAUGAAACACCAUCUCGUCCAUGCAAUGCUCCUGCUACUCACACACCUCACAAUGAAUAUAUUCCUUUAACCCGUGAACUUCCCAGGCCUCCUGCUUCAUCAGCAAGGUCAUGUGUGAGGAGUCCACCUCCUGGACCACCACCAUCCCGAGCACCCCCUCCUUCACGACCUCCCCCACGCCCUGCGGUAAGAACCUGACCUCCCCACCAUCGAUGUUGGUUUAAAAAAAAUCCUGAAGAAGAAAGAAAAGACAAGGCCAAACGGAGAAUAAUACUGGACUUCAAAUAUUUAUUAAAUUUAUGGGUUUCCUUAAAAGGGUAAAAUCUGUUGCUGUGCAGCACGUUUCCAUUUGGAUAACCUAAAUCAGUGGAACCUCCUUUUGGAGUUGGAGAUGAUAUUGUGUCCAUCUAAUGUACAAGCCAUAUGUUUGAAUUCUGCUUAAUUAUAAGAUUGAUUUCAAGUUUUAGUAAACCCUGGCUUUUUAUCUCUUAAACAUUCAAUGCAUAGAUCAGAAUUUGCGUUGUUAUUAAAAGUUAAACGUAUUGUUAACCGUCUGUAUAAAAAUAUCACUAACAUCUACUUUAGGUGCUCAAGUAUGCAUUCUGUUGAUGUUGGUAAUCAGUGUUUUGUUCGUCAUUGAAACUUUACAUUUCCAGCAGAGUCACACCCAGAACUUAAGUCCAAAAUGGUGCCAUUUCUAAACAAAUUCACCAAUGUCAGAUUAUGUUUGAAAUCCCAUAUUAUGUCAAAAAUAAAUGUGGGCACUAAUCAAGUUCUGCAGCAUACAUUCUUCCUUUAAAUAUUAAAUUAAUGUUUCAACUCAUUUAACCAUCAUUCAUGCAGAUUUGGCACAGCAUAUGUAGGAAACUGUGAGUGGGAAAGCUGUUAAAUUUUUAAUGUUGCCUGCAGUGAUACCAUGAAAAAAAGUCCAGUUAAAGACAUAAAUGCAGAGCAGGUUUCAAUGAGCAUGAUUUUAUUUUUUAAAAGGCUCCAAGAAUUUCAAUGAAACACUGGACCUAUGACUUUGUUCUUUCUGAAUCUGGUCAUAAUUUUUUAAGAAUCCUCUGAGCAAAUGGCAAUAAAGGAAGCAAGGCCAGGAUAUUGGGCAGAGAUGGGUUUGGUGAAUAGUUGUAAAAAAUGGACUCUUGGGGAUAAUGUACUUAGGUACAUAGCUCACUUACAAUCAAAAUUCCACAAGCUGUUAUUGAUCCCAUUGUUGUGCUUGUCUCUGGGCACAAGUACGCAGGAAAUUCCAAAUCAGAAUUUCUGUUCCAGAAUAGUAUUGCUGCAGAUUCAAUUAGAUGAUUUCAUUAAGAGUUCUUCAUAUUUACCACAUACUUCAAAGUCCAAGAUGAUUUUUGACUAUCAGCAUUAUUCUUCUUUAAUUUUUUUGAUAGUUAAAGAUAAAUGUUCUGACAAAAUGAAACCACGGCAAGGGAAGACACUCUCAUACAUAAUUAAUUUACUAAAAGCCAAAGGCUAGUUGACCCGUGAGAGACUCUUUAAAAGUUGCUGGUUGACUCUAUUUGACAAUGAUUGACCCUGUAAUUGAUUAAUUCAUAGAACUUUGAGCUCUAAUUUCAGUCAUACUUGAGCUCCUUUGUUCAUGGUUAGUGACCCUAAACUGUGCUCUACCUAUAACAAUAGUCCUAAUUUAGGCAUCAUUCUCGCUAGCCUUGAAUUUUAAACUGUUACAGAGGGACUUUGUUGAGUUGUGUGCAGGUUGUGACCCAAGUUAUUCUGCUCUUUAAACAUGUAUAGUUGAACUUGCUCUUCUUAUACAAUUUAUUAGCUAGCUACCAAACAGCAGGAUGUUCUUUAUGCCAAGAUCUACAUAAUAGUUUAAACUGCAAAUAAUAGCUCACAGAAAACUUCUUAACAGUUGAAUUCGGUUUUGGAAAUGCUUGUCUGCUGGAUGUUAAGCACUUUAUAGUUAUUUCAGUGUAAAUACUAAGAGGCCUGAUCCUUUUCCAGACCACAUCAAAUUUUAUAAUUCUGGUUAUCCACUUUAUUCCUUACAAAUUAGAUUGUACUUUUUGCUUCAGGCACAGGUAUGUUUUGGUGAUACAUAACAAUGUCUACUGUAGUGUUUUAAAAUCAGAUGUGAUCCAUGAAUCUCAUACUGGUAAAGAAAAUAUUGUAAGGUUUUGUGAUAUUAGAAAAACAAAAAAAAAAUCAUGUUUUACUGCAGGACAGUUAAAUGUAUUAAUUUACUAAACUGUGGUCUAGGUGUAGGUACUUAAAUCUGAGUAAAGGUGGCCACUAAAUUUUCAAGAUGCUAGAUGCAUGCAGUAGUAAAUAAAAGAGCAAGCGUCAUUGAGCUUGGGUAGUAUAUUGAUAUUUUGCUUUAUUACCUAUUUAAUACCUAACAACUUUAAUUAACUUCCUAUUUUUAACUAACCAUUAAUGAUGUGUAACCUUUUUGGCAUUCGCUACCUGAAUUUUCACUUAAGGAAUAAUUUAGUGAACAAGCUGUAUAAUCAUGAAUUGAAUUGCAGCUCUAGAAAAGCAAAGUGAAAUGUAGUGACAUUGGUAUGGCUGUGCAAUGUAACAGAAUCAUUAUGACAAAAACAAAGAUUCACUAUUAAUUUGACUAAUCUGUACCUUAACUCCUGAUUUAACACAGUUUUCUAAAGGGAUUAAAAUAACCACGACACGUUAGUGUUUAGUAGAGGGAUCAAGGAUUACGGGGAGAAGACAAGACAAUGAUGCUGAGAAACAUAUCAGCUAUGAUUGAAUGGUGGAACAGACUCAAUGGGCUAAAUGAUCUAAUUCUGCUCCUGUCGCUUAAGAUUUUAUAACACUUGUGUUAGAGUUGCAGCAAAGACCAUUAGUUAGAUUCAGUUCAAACUCAUAAAACAAAUUCGAGCAAUCUACACUGCCCUAUACCAACCUUGUGCAAGAUUGCAUUGGGCUCUUGAAAGGUUUUAAUGAGCAGUGAGUGCCUACUCAGCCUUGCUUUGGGAAGUAAUUCACAAAAGUAUUAAAUGAUAUUGCCUAACAGUAAUUUAUUCUCCUUCAUUUAAACCUAAAUUUUCUGUCAAAACUUAAAUUGAGGAAAUACUAUUAAUACUGUUUGGAAAAUAAAGAUAUUAGGCCUUGCUUUAGGAAGGAUGUUGUGAAGCUUGAAGGGGUUCGAAAAGAUUUACAAGGAUGUUGCCAGGGUU